UGCGUCCCAUCAAAACAGGAAGUUUUUAGAGUUUACAUGCUAGCUAACUCGCUCCUGGGGUACGUGCGCGGAAUUUGUUUCCACAAAAGUUUGAAUUGUAUGAAGUAUCUGUCAGCGCCACCGACAACAGAUAAUUUGCUCAGGAGCAGUUAUGAAUGACGGUGUUUAUCGGCUUCCGUCAGCGUUAUUUAAAGGGGCAAUGCCUGUGAGAGUUAGCAGAGUAGUUAGCUUGUAAGCUAACGUUAGCUUGGUCACGAACCGCAUUAACAUCUGUUUCUUUAUGGUUAGCUGCUGGGUUUGGCAUUAAGCAGCAGCGCUGUCUGUAGUUCCUGGUGCCAGCUUUUCGUGUCUAACCCUCCGUUUAGCUAAUCAGACAGCACCGUAACAUGACGUUAUGGAGGAGCGAAAGCUGAAGAGAAAGAGUCCCAGGACAUCCACCAACACCCCUGCGCCGGCUGCAAGCUCUGGCCAGAGAACCAGCACUUACACGACAGGACGAAACGUCGGCUACAGCCACAACACGGGGACUCACUCCAGCCAAAAGAGCAAGAGCAGGAGGGGUGUCAGAGAUAAAUCCAGACAUCAUCUGGGUUUGGGUAAUAAAGCUAAUCAGAGCCAAGGUCAGGCAGCACCCAUUAUCCAGCACUCGUUUCUGACUGAUGUUUCAGAUGUACAGGAGAUGGAGAAUGGCCUUCUCAGUCUCCUCAAUGACUUCCACUCAGGGAAACUUCAAGCAUUUGGUAACGAGUGCUCCAUUGACCAGAUGGAGCAUGUGAGAGAGAUGCAGGAAAAGUUGGCCCGUUUGCACUUUGACCUCUAUGGUGAGGUGGAUGAAAUGCCGGAAGACCAGAGGAAAAUGGCCUGUGACACCAACAUGGAUAAAUUACUUCUUAAUCUUGAGGAGCUGAGUUCUUCUAUUCAGAAACUGAACUUAGCUGACUCCCAGGAGAUCCCAAGGACUGCCAGCAUGUGAUUUUCUCCUCUCAACCCCAUCUGACCCGCUUUGUUUUACGCCGCCUGGAGCGACUGCGACGGACGAGGUGGAGUUGAAGCAAGCUUGAGACACUUGUUCUUAAGUAUUAUGGCAGAGGCGGCAACAAAGCUGUUCACCAGCAUUCCCUGCUAGCACAGGGCAGAUGGAUGUGUUGUAAGAUGUUCCAACAGGGAUGCACUGGAAGCCUUUUUCACUAAUGUCAAUUAGAAGACUAAUGUUAUCCUAAUGAACAGCAAGAGGACAAUAAUGAGCAGUGAGAUAUGAUUGAAUUUCACCACCUCCUCUGACAAAUCGUCCAGUACGCUCUGUUACAGUCACACUUAUUUAGAGAGAGCUUUAAGAUCUAUGAGAUAUGUUAUACUUAACAUGUUGGCAGUGGUGCAUCCCUGUCACGGCUCAGUUAAAAUCAAGUUGUGAUCACUAGAUUCCAAACGGUCUAGAUUUGCAAUAUGUUGCUAACCAAAGUGAUCUUGAUUUAAGGCACUCACUUUAGUCCUGUUUGGUGUUUGUUUAUGGGCUUUGCUAAAAGUGACCCGAGUCAGGUACACACAAACUCAUUCUGUUGCACUUUGUCGUAUCAGUUGGCACAGGUGAGCUUGUGCAACGUUCAUUCGAUGCAAAUCUUUAAACACAAGCUUAGAUCAGACAAUAAAACCCUGAAAAAUAUUCCAUGAAUAUUGGAUGAAAUUCAUUAAAUUGGCCCCAAAAUAACCUUUGAACUCACGGUAUGUUAUGGGUUUUUAGGGACAGAAAGGAUCAGUGAUCCCAGUUUGUGAUAUUGGUGUAUAAUUUCCUGCUGAAUGUGAGUGGCCUGAUCUCGCCUCCCAACACCUUGCUCGGAGUUGAAUAUAUUUGCACAUAUUCACGCCACGUGCACAACAAACGGCACAUUUUCACCAGUGUGUUGCUUUGGACACUGGAAGAGAACAAUCCAAAUGUUGAUGUCACAUCCAUGCCUUAAUUUUUAUUUAAAUUUAUUUAAUCAUUUUUGCCUUAUUGAUUCUAACCUUUUAAUUGCAUAAAACAUGUUACUUUUCAGGUUUGAAAUCUGUGUGGAGAUAAUCAUUUAAUGCUGCUUUGAUAGCAAAUCUUUAUUCUGUCACUUCUUAUUUUAACAAGAGUUGUUGGGGGAUGAGGGAUUAUUUGAAAGCGUUUUAACUGUCUGGUGAUUUUAUUUUUUUAUUGAUUUAAUAAAUGUGUUGUCUGAA